AUGGCCAUCACCUUCUGCACAGAUUUGCCGCACGAAGGCCAAGAAGCUGGUCGAGCAGCCGUCAGUAAGAUUGUGGAGUUACGGUUGAAGAAGGCUUUGUUUCUUGAGCAAGCUGAAGCUCUUCAGAAAACUAAUGGCGUGUAUGCUGCCGGCGUGGCUGAGAUCAAUCGAGAGCUGCUCACGGAAUGGCUGCAAGAUGCAGAUGAGGCAGUUCCACCGGUGGUUCUGGAUUGUGUGGUAACGGUUCCUGUUGGUGAAGAUGGUCCUGGCAUCUUGAGACAAGAGGGGCCGGCGGACGCCACAGCUGAGCACGUGCAGGUGGAACAAGAUGAAACAGUGUUUGCUUUGGAAUCGGAGGUGAAAGAUUUCAAUGAAGAAAAUACUGAUGUAAACACCAAGAUAGUUUCCUUGUUAGAGAAAAUUGAUGAACUCGAAUCGGCUGGUGCUCGCUCGGUAUCAGUCGAGCUUGCUACAUUGAUGGGAGAAGAUACAACGCUGGUUGAUCAUCUUGGUCGUCAACGUAUUUUGCAACUCUGUGAUGAAGUGCAGGAAACCUGUCGGAAACUAUCUGCUCCCGAUGCGCGCAGGAAGUUGGAGAUGGAGUUGAGAGAUGCUGUCAUGGGCAAGUCGCGUUGGCUGUUACCGUCCGAAACUUCAAAUGAAGAACCGGUUCAGGAAGAUGCAGAUUCUGGACGUGCUGCGAAGCAUUUGUUGGUAGCUCGCGGGAAGAAGCCGCUGAGUUUGUUUGACUGGAAGAUUUGGACGAUGGCGAAACCGAAGCUUUGGAGAUAUGGUGAUGCUGGCAAUUUAUUUGAUCGCGAGGAAGCAUUGUCCACCCGAGAAUGGGCGACUUUGAGUGCUCUGAAAGCAGAUGAUUUGGCAUCGGCGGCACGGGUGGUAGAUCCUUCCUCUGGUGAUUCUGUGCAGCAAUUGUUGCAAAAUACCAGUGUGCCAAAAACUGUCAAGGAUGCUCUGCAAGCGAUGCAAAGCGCUUCGGCCACGGUCUUGGGCACCGAUGGUCAUCGCAGGCAGUGCUGGCACGAAGGAGUCGCCUACAUGACGUUUGGACCGCCGCUCAUUUUUUUGACGCCCAAUCUGGCGGACACGCAGCAUCCAUUGCUGGUUGUACAAGGCGAAGAGGUGGAUCUUGGGUCCGUGGAUCAGGAAAUGGACCCCUCGUUGCCGAAGUACAGAGACAUGCUGCGAAAGAUUGCACAAGAUCCUGUAGCACAAACGGUACAAUUUGAGUUCUUGAUGCGAUUAUUUUUCCAACAUGUUUUGAAUGUGCGACCAGAAACGCUGGAUUGUCGCAGAGGUGGUGUCCGCACGGUCUCGCGGGAAUGGUGCAGUGAUGGCGCCGCUGCAUCUUCUACCGGCGCUGGAAUGCUAGGACCCGUGCUUGCCUUCAGAGGUGAAAUCGAAGCUCAAGGCCGCGGCUCUUUGCAUCCACAUAUUGUGGUUUGGCUUGUAUGCGGCCAUUUGGAGGUGGUAGGCCAACUUGCCAGCAUGUUGAAGAAUAACAAGGCCGAAUUGCAGCAUCCAUUACGUCACUUUAUGAAAAUGGUUGUGGCCAGCUUCCAAUCGUUGUCCCAUGCGUCUGUCCAAGCAGCUCCUCGAAUCUUUGAUGGCGCCAGCCUUUCGACACCGGUUGCUGUCACGAAGGUUGCUCGCAACUUGUCCAAGUAUGAUGGCGGCAGUGACUUGGACUUGUUGCGAGAGAUGCUGGAGAGGACUCAGGAGCAAGAUGCUUUUUUGGAAGCUGCUCGGGACGAUGAUUGGCGCCGACCGUUGCUGCAGGUCGAGGAGGCGGCCAAUUCAACCAGGAACAUUUUCACACAGCCUAGCAAUGGCUUGCCAGUGGCACAGACGCCUGCAUAUCGUUUGCGCAGUGUGCUGGUGGAAGGCGCUUCUCCAGAAGAAGAAGCGCGAGCAUGGCAGACGGCAUUUGCGCAGGCGGGCCUGCGCGAUCUGCACAACCUUCUACCAGCCUUGCUGAGACACGUUUGCAGUGAUUCGUGCUUCAAGUAUUCGGACAAGAGCUCUGCCCAAUUUCGUAUUUGUCGGCACGGUUUUUACCAUGUGGUGCAUGUUACAGAAGGUUGCAGAGCCAGACAGAAAGGCAAGGCCCUACGUCCUUGCGUUCAUGUCGGUAGUGAAUUGGAGGUUGAAUAUGUAAUGGCUGGACGUCUACGCCCAAUUCAGCUGAGUCCAUUCGAAUGUCAGACUUCUUUUGGUGGUCUUGUGGCUGGCCGACACAACCUGGAUCUUCAAGACAUGAGAAGAGUCUUGGGACAUGAAGCUGUGGACAGAGCUUGGCUGGCAGCUCAUGAGAGAGCAGUAACUGGGGAAACGGACAAAACGCAAACAGAAGAUGAUGUUGCCGAUCGCGACUUUGUUCGCGCGAUUCGGCGCGGUGUGAGCGACACUUUUUCGGAUGGAAUCAAUAGCGGGUUUUACAUCAACAGCUACACGACGAAGCCUGGUCCUGGCUUGGCUGGAAUGUUAGAGGAGUUGCGCAAAGGCAUUGAGCGCUUGGAAAUGGAGCGGGAGGAGCGCAGCGAGGAGAGGAGCCGUGCGGAACAAGCUGCACAAGAUGCAGGUGUGGACGAUGUGGUUUUGGCCGGCUGGCGGAAAGUUGCCCGCAUUGAUGAUGAAACCGACGAGACGUCGUAUGUCUACAUUGGACCGGGUGGGCAAGCUUGCACCAAUUUAGCUGACGCGUUCUUGGAGUUUGAAGCGCAGGCAGCACAGAAGCGCAAUUCGCGACAGAGGUUGUCGAUUGCAGAGGAGCUUUUGAAGAUGCAUAGUGUCACCGAAAAUGUGGAUCGCAGUGGCGACGGUGAGGGUGCUGCCACGAAUUUGCGAGCUUUGCAAGCAACUGGUGAGGAUGUCGCAGUGACUGCAGGUGUUUGUACCGUCACUCAGCCCCAGAACCUUUCUGUUACUACGAGCAGUUUGGAGGAUUAUUUGUAUCGCGGUGACUCAGAACUGCUGGCAGGAAUGAGUUGGGCAACCUAUGGCACGUGGGUCUAUCGCAUCGAGUUGCCUGCUCGGCCAGAGAAGUCGGUCAGAGGCGUCCUGCCACGGUACAUUGAUGUUUAUUUUGAUCCGGCAUACAAGCUCUACAAUUCUCAUGCUCAGCGGAUCUGCUCAGAACCUCGUGUACCAAUGUUUGAAGGGUUUACUAUGCCACCUCUGACUGUGGACAGCGAGCGGAAUGCCAUGUACAAGCAGAUACAAUGCCGUCCAACUCGCAUUCUGCCUGUCGCAGGCGAAGAACUGAGCCAGGAGGAGUUGGUGUUGAAAGCUUUUGCUCUUUUUUCAUCUCCUACCAAGGGCUCUGCAGGCAUGGACAAUUCCAUUGCAGCUACGACUGCUUUCACACGAGCUUAUCUGGAAUGGGAAGAAGACAUGAUGAAGGAAGCAGCCACGGCUCGUUAUCGUUUUGCAGCUCGAUUUGAAUAUCCUUCUCUGUGGGAAACAAAAGAAAUGGUUGAGGCUCUUCGAUGGAAACUGGAAUUGGUCAUGGGCGAAGAGGUGCCGCAGCCGAUAUUAGAUCCGGAUCGAGAGAAGCCUCGAGCAACUGUUGAGCAAUAUUCUUCCAUGUUGGCAGAGAGUCGGGUUGCGCAUUUGGAAGGUUUGGCUCGGGCCCGGCAACAACGUCACAAGAGAAGUCGGGAUAUUGAUGCUGAGUUGUUGGAGGAGUUUGUGAAAGGGACCACUGCGGGCGAAAAAGAUGGCGAAGACACACGUGCGGACAUUUUGGGAUCGUGUCGAUAUGGUUUGGUGCAAGACGGCGAAGACAAAGAGCAGCCUUCCAGUGAGGAAAUUGUGCACGGAUCUCUCAAGAAAGCUUUGCCACGGUUACCUGCCCAGUGUGUUCGCUUCAGCGCUCAGAAUGUCUACGAGAAACCUUCCGAUCUCGUGAAAGAUCUAGUUGCUGCAUUGCCGCCGAAGCAACGACUGAAUGAAGAUCAGGACUGUUUUAUUCAAAGAUUUGCGGAGGUGUUGGACACGGUGUACGCACAAGAAAACACAACUGCCCCAGAGAAGCGGCAUGUUUACCACAUGCUGUUGCUCGGUCAAGGGGGCUCAGGCAAGACGCACAUCGUGCAGAACAUUGUAUUCCCUGUGGUGCACUUCAUUUGGCCUUCGGAAGGAGAACAGUCUACCUUGAUGGUUGUUGCUGCCAAAAAUGCGCAGGCCAAGAACAUUUCCACUGACACUGUCCGCGCCAAGACCUUACACGGCGCAUCCUUGCUCGGAGUACAAAGCCUAACCAACAGCAACAUGGCUGCUGGCUCCAACGAGAAAGGUUUGCAGAAGCUGUGGAGCUCUGUGCGUGUCUUAGUUGUGGAAGAAAUCAGCAUGGUCUCUGCUCUUCUUUAUAACAUGCUAGACUUUCGCGCCAUGCUUGGUCGCCGCUUGGUGUUUGGAGUGGAUCCAAACACGUAUGCCAAGACAGGCUGUGCCUUCGGACGUGUGCCGAUUGUUUUGCACUUGGGCGACUUCUUUCAAUUGCGACCGACUGCGCAGCUCUCUUUGCUGGAUGAUCUAAUGGCGCAGGAUGAGCAUGGCAACUGGAAGCAUGCUGAUGUGCCGGCAGAAGUACAGCAUGCCCAGAAAGUGUUUGCGGAGAUUCCAGACGUUUUUGAGCUGCGCGGCACCAUGCGGUUCAAGCCAGGAGAUCCUCUGAUUGACUUAUUGCAAUGCAUGCGCCAAGGACACCGUCUGCCGGACGCAAUUUGGAAUGCUUUUCAACAGCGGUGUGCUCGCAACACUACAUCCGGGAAUCCAGAUCAACGAUUCAACUUGCCUUGUUUUCGGCGAGGCUACUGCAUGUCGAUCUACUGGGCGUCUCUGGUGCGGAUGAUGUACCGUAGAGCGUUGUUGGAUGCAGCGCAGGCGGAUCAGCCGUUGGUAUUGCUGCAAGCUGCUGACAAUGCAUCAGGUUUGGAAAGGGACGUUGCUUUUCGUUUUUUGAACCGGCCAAACCCGUAUCAAACGGGGCAUAUGCAUGGACUAUUCCCUUGUCAUGUUGGCAUGCGGAUUCGACUGGUGGCAAAGCUCGAUGCAGAUAAGGGCAUGGUGCAGGACACAUUGGCCACGAUCAUGGACUUUGAAUUUCAUUCCAACGAUCGGGCUCGGUAUGGUCAAUGCAAAGGCGGCGAGUUGUUUUCUCCGGAAUAUCUCCCAUCGGGUCUCUGGGUGGCUGUUGAUGGAUAUCAAGGAUGCUCUGGCUAUGAAGAUUUACUUGCCCGUUGCACAGCGCAUAUCGAGAACGAUCAAGAGGCAGAAAGAUUAGCGAAAAGUUUUUGGUUUCUUCCGGCAGAAGAAGUGGUGAUUCAAUUGAAUAGUUCGCAGAAGUAUGAUGUCCGCCGCUGUGGCUUUCGAAUCACGCAUGCCAAUUUUUUCACGAGCACUGGCUCGCAAGGUCUGACUCUUCGAGAAGGCACCAUCAUUGACUGUGCGCGUUUACCUGAAAUGGAUGAUGAGAACUGGUGGUUGCAUUUAUAUGUCAUGUUCUCCCGUGUGACGACGAUGGAUGACAUGCUACUACUCCGGGCACCGCCCAGAGAGAUCUUGGAACUCGGGCCUCCAGCCGCAAUUCAAACAAAAGUGGCUCAGUUUCAAGAACGAGCUAAGAUCUGUCGUGCAGGGGUUGCCGCACGUUUUGGCCACGGGGCUUGA